UCUCGUCGUGCCGCUGGCGCGGAUGGCGGCGGGGCUUGCGGAGGGUCGUACCGGGGAGGAAGAGGAGGAGGAAGAGGAGGCACCGACACACCGACAGCCGCACGGCGAGGCGCCGCGGCCCGCAGCCGGACCCGGGGCGGCAUGAGGCGGCCCGACCACCGGAGGAUUUCCCGGGGAGCGCCCCGGACGAACCGACCCGUCGUCCUGACCAUGUAGAACUUGGAGCAGUGAACUCUCCAGCCGAGCAGACGGAGGUUUGAAGGUUGAGGCGGAGGAGGGUGGAGCAUGUAGCCCGUCCGGAGGGAAACAGGCGGAGCGGGGGUCCAUGGAGUACCACUCCGGUGGCAGCCUGCCCCUGCUGGGGAGACCGCGGUACUGCCCCGGGGCCACGGCCGACGGGGGGUAUCUGUGCGAGACGGGACACUGCUGCGGCGAGACGGGCUGCUGCACCUACUACUACGAGCUGUGGUGGUUCUGGAUGCUGUGGACCGUCCUCAUCGUCUUCAGCUGCUGCUGUGCCUACCGCCACCGCCGAGCCAAGCAGCGAGUGCAGCAGCAGCAGCGGCAGCGGGAGAUCAGCCUGCUGGCCUACCACGGAGCCAGCUCCUACCCGUCCUCCAUGCUGGACCUCAGUUUCCUGGCCUCUCUGAAGCUGCCGUCCUACGAGGAGGUGGCGGCCCAGCCGUCCACGCCGCCGCCGCCCUACAGCUCUGUCUUCACCACCCCUCGGUACCCGCAGCCCCCGCGCGCCGCUGACCCCCACCUGCUGACGCAGCACGGCCCCCUGCUGCACCACCCGCUGAGCGACGGCCCGUCGUCUCUGAGCUCGGACAACAGUUCCAGCUGUUCCUGCGACUCCUGCUGCCCCUCCUCCCCCUGUAGCUCCUCCCUCUCCGCUCCCAUCACCUACGAGACCGACACCAGCCACGCCUCCACGCCCAGCGACGCCGCUCCCCUCGCCCUCGACGUCACCUUGGAGACCAUCGCCGCCGUUUCCAUCGACAUGAGCGGCGCAGACGGAGCCGGAUCUCAGGAACCCGAUGCCACGGACCCGUCGGUUCCCGACCAGACUGUUACCGUGGCGAUCGUCACCGGGGCCGCCUCUCCUCCCGGUCCAGAACCCAUCCUCCCCACUGCGCAGCAGCUGGAACCAGAACCACACCUCCCAACAGUUAGCGCCUGUAGCUCCAGUUCCCCACCUGGUCCCCGUGUGGACCCCCAGUCUGUCCCCGCCCCAAAGUCCACCUCAGCUUUGGGGUGUCCCCCCCCAGCAGACAGUGCCUCCAACAGUCCCAUGGUCCCGACCGCUCUGGAAGAUCUUGCUUCAGCCAGAACUUUAGAUUCUGCCGUAGUUCCGUGUAGCCCCACAUCAGAACCAUCCUCACACACUGUUAGAACUUUGGUCCUGGACCCAGAUCCGGGCAGUGGGUCGGUCCCGGCAGCAUCUGGACUUAUCCCAGCUCCUGUUGGACUGAGGAACCUAGAACUAUGCCUUCUGAGUGUUCCGGCAGAUCCAGUAGAUUCAGAUGUUGCACCAAGUCAGCAACCGGCUACUCCGAGGGUCUCGGACUCCGACGUGGACCUCUCUGUGACCCCUGUGGCGACCAGAGUCUCGGACUCGGUUGUUGACCCCUCUGUGACCCCGGGGACAGAUCCUCCAUCCCCUACGUCGGCUCAGUGCGUUGACCCGGCGGUGUCGCCUGAACCGGGUGUGGUUCAGGGGCCGUCCAGUCCCGGCUCUCUCUCUGGGGUCUUGUUUUGCCCGGAUUCGGCUGCAGCUCCGGACUACCCAGGCGCUGCUCAGUCAGACCCGACUCCCUCGUUGGUCCCGGACUUCCAGGCGGGUUCUGGAUCAGACCCUCUGCCUUACCCGUGCCCGGUUCUGGCGGUUCCGUCACCAGCGUCUCCUCCCUCGUCCUGCCCGGUGAUCACCGUGGACUCCGAGUCUGCUUUGUCCCCCCAUGCAGCCCCAGGGGUGCUCACCCCUCCCUCACCCCCCUCCCCAGCCCCCCUCCCCACCCCGGCGCUGCUCCUGGACCCCCUCACUGCUCUCGGCCAGCCCGAUAAGGGGGGGUGCUCCUCAGGCCACGCCUCCUCCCUGUCCCCCUCCCCCCGGGCCACGCAGUCCCCCCCGAAGCAGACCGUCUUCUCGCCCUGUGUGGAUGUGUUUGAGCCCGGGCCGGCGCCGUGGGGGGGCGGCGAGGAGGAGCAGGAGGAGGAGGACGACGAAGACGACGUGGGGGCAGACGAGAGUCAGUACCGGCACCGCAGGCUGACCGGGGACUCCGGCAUCGAGGUGUGCCGGUGUCGCGUGAAGGAGGAGGAGGAGGAGGAGGAAGAGGAGGAGGUGAAGGAGGAGGGCAAGGCGGAGCUGGAAGGGGGAGGAAGAGGGGUGGAGGAGGAGAAAGCAGGCGUCCACCCCGACCUCCACGACAGCAUGGACUGUCCCGCCAGAGGUCAGCGCACCACCGCGGGGGCAGCACUGACACUGUGUACCGCCGCGGCCACGCCCCCGUGCCCGGACGGAGGCAAGGCUGCGAUCGCCAUGGAGACGGUGUGACGGGCGGGGCGGGCGGGGCAGGGCCGGACGUAAGAGUCUGGUCCCCGGCGGACGUAGCUCUCAUUACACCACCGCUUCCAAAUGUGCUGGAGUGCCAAGUGUUGACGCGUCGGGCCGGCGGCGGCGGCGGCCGGGAACAACCCGCGGAACGAAGGAGAGCGUCUUCGAAGGAGCGACGUGAGGCCCCGUUCACACGGCAGCACUUUUGCUUUUUCGUUUCAGAAAAGUGUCACGAUUACAUGACGUUUUGAAAACGGUGUGUUUCCGUGGAAACGGGAGAAAACGGUAGCUAGCCUGCGGGAACACGAGUUUUAGUCAUGAAACCACACACACGUGCUGCAGAGAACAUUAGAAUGUUAACAACGGAGAACACAAACACCAUGUUCGGUUGUUCAUACGGUUACUGAAGAUUCUAAAACUACCCAGAUUGGAACCAGGAUCAGGACCACGAGAACCUGGACUGACAUCGCUCUGAUUGUCAUACUGAGCAUGUGCAGAACAACUGAGCAGAGUUUCAGAAAAUCUGCAUUUUCCCGUUUCCACUGAGACGAGUUCCACCUCCGAAGCCACUUUCAAGAAAUUGCGCGUCCAGUGGCUGUCAGCACCGUUGUCGUGCAAACGGACACUCGGAAGUUUUCCGACUUUUCGCUUGAAUUGUUGUCGUGUGAACGGGGCCUCAGACACUUCCGGGAAUCUCGUCGCGGUGUUCUAGUUCGGAAGGUGGAACAUGCUGUUUGUUGUGUGGCUUCAUUUAAGGAAUCUGGGAGGAAGGAACUGUCCAUCCAAACUGCUUUUAGUUUCACGGUUCUGCCAGGGACACAGGCGUCCUAGCUUAAGUUAGCGGCGUUAGCAUUGAGAAGCCGUCGUAUCCGUGCAGCCGUUGAUGGUCGGUUCCGUGCAUGUCGUCGGACUAUAGGAUGAACCUGGGAACUCGCAGGUAGGCCGUACAGAGUGGCCCGGUCAGACUCGGCCCACGACGUUCUCCGAGGAACCCGGUAGCCGCGGAUCCGCGACCCGGCGUCGAGCUCAGCGUGACGCCACGUUCGGCCGCGGUACUUGAAAUAGCGCAGCGCGACAGCGGAUGACGGAGACGGGGUGACGUUCCGGAGACAGACCGUCCGCUGUAGGAGGAUGAUUCAGAAUGGCUGACAGCUGACAGACUGAUUCAUUCAUCCAGGGGACGUCUCCGGGAGAACGUCUGUCACAGGGGCAGAUUUAGGGGGGGCUGUUCUUUAGAUCUGCGCUUCCCGUACGUUGGCUUCUCGCUGAAGGAAAAAGCUCCCAAAUAAAAUGGCAACAAUAGUCGCUUUUAUGAGGAAAACAAAGAACCAAAGAGAGACCGAGAACGUCACGGUUCCCGUCUUUGUCUCGUUCUGAGGACGGACGGAACAACACGCUUCAUUCAUAGAUGUCUCUCCUUCGUCUCGUGUCCCGGUCGGUCCACUAAUCCACUGAAUGGGUUCUAGAACCUUUGGAGCGGGUCCUGGUAAAGGGAGGGGGCUUGUUCUCAGACUGUCCUUGUAACAUAUUAAUGUUCCGUACGCUGUCGGCUUGAUAGACGUGUCAAUAUUGAUAUUUUGUGACAGACUGACUUGGAGGUAGAAGUAUAUUUUGUCAAAGACGCAGAGUUAGUAACAUUUGUAUAGAACAUGCUGGUGGGUUCACGUCGCCUGGAACGUAGUGAAGAGCAAUACAUUCAUCUGCGACAGUCCCGAGUGGGAAGAUCGCUGAAGAAGCCAGGAGGACUGCAGGAGGGUCCCCAGAGACCUAGAGCUUCACCAGAACAUUCAGACUGUGGUUCAAGCAACAGAAACACCGGCGGGGCGGAGUCAAACCCCAGACCGUGAAAUAGGAAAUAUCUCAGAUCUACUGGUUCCAAACAAACCCAUUGUCUAAAUGAUCCUCUGGAACCCUGAGAAAGACCAUAAGAGGUUGACCUGAACGGCUCGGCCUCACUGGGUGGAGCUGAUCAGGUAAGAUUCACUUAGUGAGUCUAAACAGGUGGUUUUUACUUCCUGGAAAAUUAGUGGAACAAAGGUUCCUUUGUUUACACCGGGAAUGGGUCAUUUCCGACACCUGUGCCGGAACGCCCAGUUACUGAUUAGUGAGGAGCACAGAAGAACCGAUUCAGCCCCUGUUUCUGCUCCGGCGGUCACUGACUCCGCCCUCUUGAUGCUCAUUGUGUCGGAAACGUCUCGUUGGCCGAUCACGUUAGAGUCAGUCGGUUGCUUGAACCGCAGACGGAACCGUUCGGACGUCUAAAGGAAAGGUGCGGCCCGCAGGAUUGCUGUGGACACCAGAAGGAGGACGCUGUGUGACCUGGAACCCUGUGUCCACGCCGUAUUACUCCACGCUCAUCGUGUUUCCAGAGUCCUGCCACCGAAGGGACCCGGCAGGCGGUUCUGGAAGGCCGGUUCUAGACCCUGUUGGUCAGUUUGAAGAACUGAGAGCAGACCUUCUCCGGAGCGCUGGAGGGGCAGUGGGAUGUUGAUGUUGUGGUUGAUGUUGUGGUUGAUGGUGUUUCCUUUCGUUUGUUUACCUGAACUAAUCCUGUUCUAUAUCUCCAUGGUUACCGAGUGCCAUUUCUACUUGACAACUGUUAAAGCCUAGCGUUAGAUAGAGCUGCCGUCGCUCUGCGCGAGUGUGAACUUUUUGACCGGGAUGACUGCAGAAAUGUUUGCGUGUGUGUUCUAAACGUCGGUUUCUAAAUGUCGUGCAGCCUCUGGCGUUCUCCUCGCAGAGGACCGGCUGACGCAGGAACGUGUCCGGGUUCGGUCCACUCGCCUGGAACCGUCUCCUGCCUUCUCCGGCUCAUCAGACUCAGAAAGACAUAGGUCAGAGUCAGACCGUCUUCGAGUCUGAUGGGCGAGGAGAACCUUUGAUACUAUGAAGCCGGCGUUUCAUGGUGAAUCCACCUUGAGUCCCUCCUGUUCUGCGUUUCUUAGGCUGAUUUCGGUUCUGCGUGACUUUUUCAGAAACACGUCUCGUGUUUUCAUUUCCCCUUCUGUUCCAGACUGUUUCUCACGUUGACCGGUUCUCACCGACUGUUCAGAACUCCGGUUGUUUCCUAAGUGAACCUUGAUGGCCGUUCUCGUUCGUAGAAACCCCGAAGCUGCACAAAUUCAAAGGACGAUGUGACUUUUUCCCAGAGUUCAUUGGUUGAACACACCAAGGCCUCGGACCUUCAAGGCCGAAGCCUUGGGUUUUGGGUGGAGUCCUGCUGCCAAGGUUAGUUUGUUGUUCUUGAUAACGUGACACACAACGCUACAGCUCUUCUCAUUGGUUAUUCUGGGUUCUGCUCCAUUCGUCCUUCCAACUUGUCAUCAGGUUUUUCCAACCCUGAAGCCAGAACUCGGCCAGACCGACGUCUGACUCGCUCUGCGCCUGAAUGUGUGCCACAAAUCAACCAGGACUCGGCCGUCAUUUAUUCGAGCUGAGUUAACCUUCAUUUUAAACCACUUCACCUUCGUGACUAGCUGUCAGUUUCAACAAACUAAGCUAACCAAACGGCAUCAAGCUCAGCGUCCUCUGCUAAUUCUCAAAAUGUCACGCUGAUGAGAGCCCCGGGUCUUCAGGUGAGGUUGAUGGUGUUCUGCCGACCUGGCGCUGGACCUGGGUCCUCGAAUCCGGAGACGGAUCUGACGGUUCUGUGUUCAACCAGAUGAAUUCUGCUUUGGUUUGUCUGGGUUUUCCGAUUUCUCCCCUUCUUCCUGUGUGCAUGAGGUUUCAGGUGGAGGAGAGAUCGUGAUUUUACAAUGACAGAUAGUAAUCUUACAGAAUCAUUUGUGUGUGUGUGUGUGUGUGCGUGCGUGCGUGUGUCUCCUAACUAAACCAGCCUGUUCUAAAAAGUGUGUGAAAAUAUACUGAAUAAAACUGUCCAAA